ACCGACUGAACCUGCCCCACGCCCGCCUCGCUUCCUCUCGUCGCAUGAGUUGACAUGGAUAGAAAAGAGCAGAAGCUUUGCACUAUCCCAACAGACUCCAGUCCUACCGAACCGAGACAAGUGUAGUGGAUAACCCAGUCGGACGAGAUCGCUAAUUAGACCACACACAGACUUGAAUACAUCGCUACAGUCAGUCUUCUCAUGCACCGUCCCGUUUCAUCAGUCGUUAUUAUAUGAUUAUUAUUGCGGCCGCUCGCACCUUGUUAUUCCGGUGGGGAGUAUAAAUCUAUAUGGCCGCGACGCUGAUCACGAUGAGCGCUGGGACCGGGACCGGGACCGGGCAGGACGAGAUGUUCUACACCCUGCUCAAGCCCAUGCUUUCGGAAGGCUUCCCGGCCGAGGAGUCGGCUCUGUUCGGUUUCGAUACCAAGAACCUACUGAUGGAAAGGAGUGGACAGAGUGAAUACGCGCACCAGACAGGGAAGAGUGAGCUGGAUAAGUACCUCUCCCCCCAGACGUCGCUCCUGAUGCCCCAUCCUGACCCUCCAGAGCAGAACAAGUCUCGUCGGGACAGCGCCUCUGUGAUGGAUCACUUCUUUGGCGACGACCAGGGCGGAUCUCCUUACAGCAUCAACAUGAACGUCUUCCUGCCCGACCUGGCCUACCUGAGGAUGGGCUUGUGUCGGCCGGCACGCCCGGGGCCUGGGGGUAACGGUGGAGGCAUGGGCCAGCAGGUCAAAACAGAACCCUCUUCCUCCUCUCCCUUCGCCCAUCCUCACCCUCACUGCCCCAGCAGUAGCGUCCACAGUAACGGCAUCAGCCUUUCCGCGGUAACGUCGGUGUCGUCGUCUUCGUCUUCUUCUUCUUCUUCGUUACCGGAGUUCACUAGCGUGUUCAGCCCGUCCGGUGGUGGUGACCCGACCUCUGACGCCGUGGCAACGGGCGGUUCUGUUUACGUGAAGGAGGAGCUGGGGUCGUUCGAUCUGCGUCACGACGACUCUCUGUUCCAGCUGCUCUCUGCUGAGCUGGACUCCGCCCCUCUCGCGCCCAUGCAUCACCACGGCAACAAUGUUCAUCACCGGGCGGGGCAGCAUCACGGAGGUUCCGGUCCCUCGCCCGUCAUGCACACCUUCCACGACCUACACUUAGCCGCCCAGGCCCAGCAGCAACACCAACAACUGCAGAGUGCCAAGGCAAGCUACUGUGGUGGGCUGCACAGCGUGGGAGGGGCCUACCCUCACCCUCACUUCCUCCAGCAGCCCCAGCACCAUCAGGCCAAGGCCCCCUACCUGCCCCCCUCUCCUCCCAGCUCAGAGCCCAGCUCCCCAGAUCGUCAGAAGGACCUCCUUCAGAACCUCUCCCCUCCCCCUUCCUAUGCCGCCACUAUCGCCUCCAAGCUGGGAGUCAGCGUCUCCCCCAGUCUUUCCCCCACCGGUGUGGCUCGGCCCCCAGCCUCAAGUCUAACUCCAGCCCCAGGCUCCGGCCCAGCUCCAAGCCUAAACCAGUCCAUGCAGGUCCGCUACAACCGCAGGACCAACCCAGACCUGGAGAAGAGGAGGAUACACCACUGUGACUUCCCAGGAUGUAAGAAAGUGUACACCAAGUCUUCCCAUCUGAAAGCCCACCUGAGGACCCACACUGGUGAGAAGCCGUACAGGUGUUCGUGGGAUGGAUGUGACUGGCGUUUCGCCCGUUCUGACGAGUUGACUCGUCACUUCAGGAAACACACAGGGGCCAAACCGUUCCAAUGCUCUGUCUGCUCUCGCUCCUUCUCCCGAUCGGAUCACCUGGCCCUGCAUAUGAAGAGGCACCAGAACUAACACACACACAAAACACCAGCUUGAAUCACACGGACACGCACUCAAAACAGGAAACGGUCAACCUAAACUGUACAGUGGUACAACACCACUUUUCCUGGAAGAUACCCUGUAGUCUUUAUCUUGGCCAGGUCGCAGUUGUAAAUGACAACUCAACUGGCCUACCUGGUUAAAUAAAGGUGAAAUUAAAUAA